CCGCCGUCGCGCCCGCAGCCCGGGGGGGAGGCCGCCGCCCGCGGGCAUGCGGCGCUGCCGCUGCGCCCGUCGAGACGCGGUGCGGAGCGGCGGGCGGCGGGGCUGCGCCUAGGGGCGGCCGGGGCGGGAGCCCCAUGCCCGGAGCUCGCCGCGCUCCGCGGGGAAGCGGCGGGGCAAUGAGCUGGCGGGGCGAGCGGGCACGCCUGGCCCCCGGUUUGCCCUGCUCCCUCGCCCGCGGGGAGUGAGGCUCGGCGGAGCCCGCUCGGUGCUCCCGGAAGGGCGGGCGGGCGGGUGGGAGGUGGUGCCGGCGCGGGGAUGCUGCAGCCCUCCCCCGGCGUCGACGGGGUCCUGCCAGGGUAGCGGCCCCGCCGUCCCGAGCCCCGCCGUCUGCGGGGGCGGCGGCCGCGGAGGGAUGGAGCCGGCCGGCCCCUGCCAGGCGCCGCUGCUCCCCGCCAACGACUCUUACCACGGCCGAAACUGCAGCGCCGAGGAAGGGACCUACCAGGAUGCCACCCCCCUCUCCGGGAAGAUCGUGCUCGCCGUCGUCCUGGCGCUCGUCACCCUGGCCACGGUGCUCUCCAACGCCUUUGUCAUCGCCACGGUCUACCAGACGAGGAAACUCCACACGCCGGCCAACUAUCUCAUCGCCUCGCUGGCCGUCACCGACCUCCUCGUCUCCAUCCUCGUCAUGCCCAUCAGCACCAUGUACACUGUGACCGGCAAGUGGACGCUGGGCCAGAUCGUCUGCGAUAUCUGGCUGUCCUCGGACAUCACCUGUUGCACGGCGUCCAUCCUGCACCUCUGUGUCAUCGCCCUGGACCGCUACUGGGCGAUCACCGACGCCGUCGAGUACUCCACGAAACGGACUCCCAAGCGGGCAGCGGGCAUGAUCGCCUUGGUGUGGGUCUUCUCCAUCUGCAUCUCCAUGCCCCCUUUGUUUUGGCGGCAGGCGAAGGCCGAAGAAGUCUCUCACUGUGUGGUGAACACGGACCACGUCCUCUACACCGUGUACUCCACGGUGGGAGCCUUCUACUUCCCCACUCUGCUGCUGAUAGCCCUCUACGGGAGGAUCUACGUGGAAGCCAGAUCGCGGAUUUUGAAGCAGACGCCAAAGAAAGCAGGUAAAAGACUAACACGGGCUCAGUUAAUCACAGACUCCCCGGGGUCGUCCUCCUCCGUCACGUCCAUAAACUCCAAGGCCCCCGAGGGCUCCAGCGAAACGGGCUCUCCCGUGUACAUGAACCAGGUGAAGGUGAAGGUCUCGGAUGCCCUGCUGGAGAAGAAGAAGCUCACGGCCGCUAGAGAGCGGAAAGCUACAAAGACUUUAGGGAUUAUUUUAGGAGCCUUCAUCGUCUGUUGGCUGCCCUUUUUCAUCAUCAGCCUGGUGUUGCCUAUUUGCAAGGACGCUUGCUGGUUCCACAUGGCCAUCUUUGACUUUUUCACGUGGCUGGGAUAUCUCAACUCCCUCAUCAACCCCAUCAUCUAUACUAUGUCGAACGAAGACUUCAAACAAGCUUUCCACAAACUCAUACGUUUCCGAUGCACAAGCUGAAAAUUUUGAAUGCGAUGUGUUCGCCGGGGCUGCCCCCUUGCACGCCCGUGCCCGACGCCACAGAAUCAAGUUGCUAUUGUAAAGACCCACUGCUUGAAACUUCCCCAAGCCCAGUUGCCAGACUCAUGAUGCUGCAAAAACGUCAAUACAUACUGCCACCAAACUGCUCAGCUCUGCAUUUCAGUGUAAUGACUCUGGCAGAGAUGCUGUUCCAAUAGUCACGCAGAUCAGUUGCAAAACACACACACAAAAAAAAAAAAAGAGGGCAGCCUCGAAUCAAGGUCUAUAAUUCAUCUGGACUGAAGAAAAAGUUUGAGAGUAAACUCCAUUUAUUUUGCAGGCUUAACUUCUUAAUUUGUUCUCCGGCCGGUUGUAGGGGUGUGCACAAGAGCACAGUUGUCUCUGUCUGUGUUGGUAGCAUAGUUGUACUUCUGCACACCUGUAAUUUCUUUCUUUCAGUGGAAAGAGUUGCUCCCUUCACUUAUGAGGCCAAGAGGAGAAAAAUAAGCAACAUGUAAAGUAGGAGCAUCGCAGUAAAUUCUGUAAAUGACUCCUUCAGCUGAACAUGUGUGAGAAGUGACAGUGUGCAAAAGUUGUAUUUGUAUUUCAAAACAAUAGCAAAUGCUGUAGAAACAAGAGUUGUAGACCUGUUCAGCUGCACUGCAUAUCUAUAGUCUGUCCUCAUAGUUGCCUUUAUAAAGUAAAUACUUCUUGCUUCUACUCCAUAACUCAAGAGCAGAAAACAAGAAGUCCACUGACCUUUUCCAUAAACCAGCUGGGAAUAGAAGUAGCAGUUUGAUGUUGUAACCAUGUUUUCCAUUUUGUGUCAGUUGCACACCCUUACCGCAUGAACCACUGCAAAAUUUGAAUUCUCUAAGUAAUUACAUUAUUUAGUGUAUUUUGUAAAGAAGUGAAGCAGUUUGCUCUUUCAGAAGAGCUGUAUCACCUGCAAAAUAAAUACCCAUGAAUCAUGAAUUAACUGAUGUUAGUGAAAUUACCCUCCUCCCUACUUCCCCCCCUAUUUUUUUUUAUUUUUAUUUUUUUCUGAUCAGACCUUAAGACAGGUCUACACACAUUCAGCAGUCAAAGUUAGAGUUCCGGGAUAUGGUCCACCUGCUGUGAUAGAACUGCAUUGAUUGUUCCUCCUAUGUGUAAAUGAAAAUGAGCAUAAACAAUAAAAUGCUUUACUGUGUUCUCAA